AUGCGUUUCGCUGCCUCCGUCGCUACCCUCAUUGCCUCCGCGGCUCUCUCUUCCGCCGCCAGCGUCACCUUCUGGACCCUGGACAACGCUCAGCGCACCAUCUACUUCACCUCCAACCCUGGCAGCUCCAACAUCGACUCUGUCAAGGUCAGCGGCGACAAGAACACCACUGUCACCUUCCCUGAUACCUGGCAAGGCAACUUCUACGCCGUCAAGGAUGGCUCCGCCAACGUCCCCGGCAUGCUGGGCGAGAUCAACUUCGGCAGCUGGCACGGUCUGACCUACUUUGACGUCUCCGCCAUUGUCGACCCCAACGACAAGGACAACGUCAAGCAGAUGUUCCCUGCCAAGUCCCUGGAGCCCAUGUCUGGCUGCGUCAACUUCCCUUGCAACAACGCCUACUACCUGCCUGAUGACAUCCAGACCAAGGCUACCCAGGAGCAGGAGCUUGUCUGCACCCUUGGCUCUGGCUCCGUCGGCCACACCUUCACCGAGGAGCAGUAA